AUGGAGAAGUUUGCCCAGCCAGUGUCACAGCAGUCUCCCGUCGGGGAUGGCCCGGACUCGACCGACGUCGAAAAAAGCCAGCUCGACCUUAGCGCAGGCAAGGACCCAAGCAUCUUCAUGGCCCAAGAGACGCAGGACUACGAGCCCCCUUUUGAGAAAACCAAUGGCAGCUCCGGACAGGUGAUGCUUUUAAGAGACGAGACAUACCCAGAGGGCGGUCCCGAGGCGUGGCUCGUCGUUCUUGGGGCAUGGUGUGGCCUUCUUGCUUCGCUGGGGCUGAUGAAUACCAUAGCGACUUUCCAGACAUAUAUCGCAACGCAUCAACUCACCAGUUAUGAUGAGGGGACCAUCGGAUGGAUUUUUUCGUUAUAUACGGCGUUGUGCUUUCUAUGUGGCGUUUAUAUUGGUCCCCUCUUCGACAAGUACGGGCCAAAAUGGCUGAUCGCGCCUGGUGGCGUCUGCGUGGUCGCCAGUGUCAUGCUGAUGAGCAUCUGCACGGAAUACUGGCACUUCAUGCUCUGCUGGGGCAUCCUUAACGGAGCCGCCACGUCUCUCCUCUUCACUCCGUGCAUCACAGCCGUAGGACACUUUUUCCGUGAGCGCCGGGGCUUGGCCUCUGGAAUCACAAGCACCGGUGGCGGCCUAGGCGGCGUUGUCUUCCCCCUCAUGCUGCAGAGCCUAUUCGGCAAGGUGGGGUGGGGAUGGGCAGUCCGUAUUCUGGGGUUCGUCUGCCUUUGCCUGCUGAUUUUUGCCAAUCUCUUAGUUAGGAAGCGCUUGCCGCCGGCCCAUAACGCCAGCCCGCACCCUGACUUCCUCAUCUUGAAGGAGAAGGGCUUUCUGCUCCUCACCGUUGCCGUGUUUUUCCUCGAAUUCGGACUUUUCAUCCCGCUGGCCUAUAUCUCGAGCUACGCGCUGGCCAACGGCUUCGACGAAAGCUUCGCCUUCCAAAUCCUGCCCAUCCUCAAUGCGGCAUCGGUCGUUGGACGAGCGGUACCUGGCUGGUGGGCGGAUAUAAUCGGACCGUUCAACUCGAAUAUGAUCUCGAUCUGCAUUACCGUGUUUGCUUGCUACGCCGUGUGGCUGCCGUUCGGCCACACGACCCCCGGCCUGGUAGUUUUCGCCAUCAUGUUUGGAUUUGCGACUGGCAACAACAUCAGCAUCACUCCGGUCUGCGUAGGGAAAUUAUGCCAUACCCAGCAGUAUGGCAGAUAUUAUGCCACUUGCUACACCAUCGUUUCCAUAGCUUGCUUGAUAAGUCUUCCGGUAGCUGGGGCGAUCGUUCAGGCCACCGAUGGCAAGUACUGGGCCUUAAUCACCUUUACGGGAAUUACUCAAAUCAUUUCUGUUAUCACCAUGUACGCUUCAAAGGCUACAAGGGUAGGGUGGAUGCCUGGGUCUAAAUUUUAG